GUCAGCUGCUAGGAAGCUGAAGGUGUUUAUCCCUAAUGAGCUCGAUGGCUAAAGUCGUCAGUCUUUAGGGUGUUUUUCACACGGUUGGAGUUGUUCCUGGAGAAAGUUGAACUGCUGCUAUCUGGAAAUCUGUUACAAGCUGUAACGAUGAAGUCUGUGUUUCUUAUCGAAGCUUUCACUGUGGCUUGUUUUGUGCUUUUAAGCCAAGUGACAGCGAAGAAUUCUGAGGACAUCCGUUGUAAAUGCAUCUGUCCGCCCUACAGAGAGGUCAAGGGGCAAAUCUACAAACAAAAUGUUUCUCUCAAAGACUGUAACUGUCUUCAUGUAGUUGUACCCAUGCCGGUUGACGGAAAGGAUGUGGAGGCAUACUGUUUGCGCUGCGAGUGUAAAUAUGAAGAGAGGAGCUCAGGGACAAUUAAGGUUACCAUCAUAAUGUACCUCUCCAUUUUGGGGCUGCUGCUGCUCUACAUGGUUUACCUGACUCUCCUAGAGCCCAUCCUGAAGAGGCGUCUGUUUGGACAUUCGCAACUGAUCCAAAGUGAUGAUGAUGUAGGGGACCAGCAGCCUUUUGCCAACGCUCACAAUGUCCUGUCCCAUUCCCACUCCCGACCCAACAUGCUGAACAAAGUGGAGCAUGCCCAGCAGCGCUGGAGGAGGCAGGUCCAGGAACAGAGGAAGUCCGUGUUCGACCGCCAUGUUGUUCUCAGUNGGGGGUGUCAGCUGGAGUCCCAUCAGUCCAAAGCGGACCAGUCUUUAAGAUCUUUACAAGCCAAACUGGCUUCAGAGUAA